AUGUUGACCGCAUCUGGUGAAUUCGAGCACGCCACACUGAGCUUCUUGACUGCAAGUGUAGAGCCCGAAAAGGCUCGCAGUACCUUGUACAACGUCCUUUUCAUGGAGGGAGCUGCCUGUGUCGUUGUCGGUGCUGUCGUUAGCUUUGGAGCUUGGUGGGUCGCUUGGACUGCGACCUCAUACUGUGCGGGUGGUGUUGCUAUUGCAGGUGUUAUUGCCACACCUUUUGGAAUCUUCGAUCCGAAUCGUAGGAUCAGGACCCUCAUCGAGAAAGUUCAGUUCUCUCCAUUAUCCUUACGGCGAGCGUUUCUUCAACGUUCUCAUUCUGAUGUUCUCUACUAA